GGGGGGCUCUGCACCCCAAUAGUCCCCCCACGCUCCGGGAUUCCUCAGAUAUUCCCUGGAUUUCCCCCCCUUCCCGGCAGCAUCGAGGACGAGGAGAACUACUACCGGCUGCACGUGGACGGGUUCAGCGGCACGGUGGAGGAUUCCUUCGCCUGGUACCACGACAAGAGGAGCUUCAGCACCCCGGAUUCCGGGAACAUCUGCGCCGAGAUCUCCCACGGCGGGUGGUGGUACCACCAGUGCUUCUUCUCCAACCUCAACGGCGUCUACUACAAGGGCGGGAGAUAUUCCAUCAAGAACCGGAAGAUGCUGGGGCCGGACGGGAUCGUGUGGUAUUCCUGGAAGGACACGGACUAUUAUUCCCUGCGGAAGGUGGUGAUGAUGAUCCGGCCCCGCACGUUCCGGCCCCGCCUCUCCCCGUGACGGAUCCCGCGGAACGCCGGGAACGGGGAGGGCCGGGAACGCUCCGGGGAAAAGAACUGUUGGCUUCGGGAGGGAAUCCAUCCGAGGGGGAUCCAACAGGGAAUCGCUCCGGGUUGGGGGGCGGGAGCUCUCCUGGGAAUGCCGAGGUGAUUCCUGGGAAGGGCUUUGGGCGUUCCCGGGAGUAAAUCCCGUUGUCCCGGUGGUGGGAAUCGGCUCCAAACCGACACUGGAGCUCCGGCGACGUUCCAGGAGGAAGCAGAGGACCGGGAAUCCCAGAAGAGUUUUCCAUGUGGAAUGCCAUGGACUAGCUGUUAUCCCGUGGGAUGAGAAUCCCUCCGCUCCGGGCAGAGCUUUGGAAGGCCCGGAAAAUCCCGAAGAUCCUGACGAUCCUGAAGAUCCUGAAGAUCCCGAAGAUCCACCACCACUUGGAUGUGGCCCCGAGGAAAGCCAGGAGAGCACUCCCAGGCCUGGAAUCGCGGGAAGUUUGGGAAGGCAGGGAUCGUGUUCCAGGCACGGACAUCGACCGGCCGCGACAACAUUCCAAAGGCAAAUAUUUUAAAAUAAAAAAAAACCAUGGGAAUUUU